UAACAACUUCAAAAAAACAAUGGAUUCCAAAAGCAACAGCAGCAAGAAGAAUAAAAAUCGCCACAAAGAUCUGGAUCAAUUAUCGGACCGCAAAUACAAGACGGAAACAGAGACGGAGACUGAUACUAUAUUGGACACCGAUCGCAAAACCCGGGAUAAGAAAGACGAUGAAAUAGAGGAGCAACGCGUACGUCUUGAUCAAAUGUCACGAUGUCCCGGCAAAUGUCCAUUGAGCAACUGUGAUCAAAUGGUCUUUCCUACCGGACUCCUUGUCCACUUGCUGCACAAACACUCACACAGCGGUACUGCAAAAAUUUGCGAUGUCUUUGAUCAUCAGCCAAUACGAUUGCAUUUUGAUCCGUGGGAAUAUCAAUGCGGGCAGGUCCAUUUAUUGGCAAUAUUGAUGUUUGGGGGCGUUGAUGGAAAACCAGGGACAUUACCCGGCCGACGUUAUGUUUGUUUUCCCAAUGCCGCUGUAAUGAACGAACGUCGUCGUUUGGAGCAUCAUUUGCCCAUUAUGGUGCUAAUAUGUAAGACCACAUGGUAUGCCCUAUUGCCCGAUAAACGUUUGGAGCAAGAGCUGGUAGCCCUGAAUUCUGACAAUGCGGCAAUCUACGUCCUUUGGCUUGUGUCGCCGGCUCUGACUAAAAACAUCCACUAUACGAUGACAAUUUUUGAUCGCUCCUAUACCCAUUCACGCAGUGUCAUACGUCUAAUACGUAACUUUAUACACUCCCAGAAUCCCAGUGAGUUUCUCUGUCAGGAGCAGAAUUAUAUGAUUUUACGUGAAGCGGAGGUUAUGGAAUUCUUGCAAAGCAAUAAUGAUCAUAGAGUGGAUGAUGACCAGGGUAUUCAAAUGGAGUUAAUUAUCCAUGAACGUCCGGAUGCUUGUCACACGCCGCGGUUGAAAAUUAAAUAUCUAGAUGAAUCCAAUGAUAUAGAGUCCUAUCAGCAACCAAAGCACCACAAAUUUAAUUUACUGCAAAUGCCGCGUAUUAGGGCCAAAAAAACAAAAUUGAACCGUAAACCGACUGCAAAUGCUUCAUCGCAUAUUCUAAAAAGAGGCAAAGACAAUAGUGCUCGAAGCACAAUAUCAGAUGAUAUGUUUUAGAAGAAGACACAUCACACACACACACACACACACACACAACAAAAAAACAACAACUACAAUUCGAUUAUUUGUUCUUUGGUAUUUUGGUAAACAAAUGUUUUUAAAUUUAAUAUUUAUGCUAAAUUUUCUGUUACACUUACACUUACAAUGCUCAGUACGCAAAAAUGAAAACAAUGCAUUUACUUAUAUUUCAAAUGCGAAUUUGUAAAAUUAAAAACUAAAUUUAAA